GCAUUAUACAUACUCCUAAGUACAACAGCAGUAGUCGUAGCCAUGGACUAUUUCCUAUUUUUGGCACUUCUUUCUGCAAUUAUAAUAGACCAAUCAACAGGAAAAUGUUAUCAUAACUUUGAAUUAGGUCACGGGAAUGUCACAUAUCAUGCAGACGGUUUGUUAUUUCAGUGCGAUCCAGGUUACACUCUGAUGGGAAGACCAAUGUUUUCCUGCAAUCCAGAUGGUCGCAUACAAGGAAAGAAACCCUUCUGUGCCAAAAAAGGUUGCAAAGAUAGAAGAGGUCACCCAUACAUCCGCAGUAACUCUUUAUCAUCAGACAUUUACUGCCCAAGCGGUUAUGUGGCGGCUGGCAAUACAAUUGCCUAUUGCGAUGGAAAAAAUUGGAGCAACCAGUUAGGACAUUGUCGAAGGAUAAACACUUCGGAUUACUCUUGCGAUUUCGAGGCAGAUGAGUGCGGCUGGUCAGAGUAUCCCUCCUCUGCAGUUUGGGAACGUGUCAGUACGUUGACCUAUUUCCAUUACGACAACACGGGACCAUUCAAUAUGACAGGAUACUACAUGCGUAUGGCCACGGUUGGCAACUACUUGGAAGCCAACAGCCUGAUAUCGCCGAUAUAUCCUAAGAAUGUCACUGUAGAUGCGGUCUGCUUCCGGUUCAAGUACUUCAUGUUCGGAAGGGGAGUUGGUUCCCUGGGGGUUUCCGUCAAGCCCGUUUCCAUGGCCAUAGACGACUUGAAAGAAACGGUAAGCUUGGUUGGCUCGAAUCUUGCCGAAUGGCAAGAGAAGGGAGUCAACAUCGACAAGGUGAACGAGGACUUCCAGAUAGUAAUUACCGCCAAAAAUUUGGGUAAGCCAUUCGGAGACAUCGGUAUCGACGACGUGGGGCUAGUGAAAGGUGUCUGUAAAACAGGACCACCACCAUCAGUACCUCAAACUACAAGACUACCACCCAAAAUAUAUUCUACAACACGACCAGGAAUACCACGACCAUCAAUACCUCCAACUACAAGACCACCACCCCAAAUAUAUUCUACAACACGACCAGAAAUACCUCCAACUACAAGAUCAACACCCCAAAUAUCGUCAACACAACGACCAGAAACAACACAAACAAAUCCAGCUGCAACGUAUCCGCCACAAACCACCACCAAGUCAACUGUAACCCCCAUCACCAACAAAAUCAGCAGCAACACUGCCAGCACCACCCCUACAGGCAACAAUACCACAGACACCCUCAAACCCGACAACCUAACCAUCCACACUACCCCCAAAUGCAACUGCACCACCAACAUUACCAACAACAAUACCACCAACAAAACCAUCAGCAAUCACACAACAUCGAAACCAGAAGAAUCCGGCAUUACGAAUCCGACGAAUCGCAGCAAUAUUGCGAGAACAGCAGAGCCGAUCACUGAGCAACCACCACCUUCUGCAACACGACCAUCAAUACCUCCAACUACAAGACCACCACUCAAAAUAUAUUCUACAACACGACCAGAAAUACCUCCAACUACAAGACCACCACCACAAAUAUCAUCAACAGUACGACCAGAAACCACACAAACAAAUCCAGCAGCUACGUCUCCACCACCAACUACCAUAACCCCCAUCACCAACAAUAGCAGCAACAACACUACCAGAAACACCCCUACAACCAACAAUUCCACCAACACCUUCAAUGCCAACACCAACCAAACCAUCCACACCACCAACAAUAAUACCAACACCACCCCUACAUCUAACAAUACCACCGACACCCUCAAACCCGACAACCUAACCAUCCACACUACCCCCAAAUGCAACUGCACCACCAACAAUACCAACAACAAUACCACCAACAAAACCAUCCAACCAGAAACACCUCCAACUACAAGACCACCACCCCAAAUAUCAUCAACAGUACGACCAGAAACAACACAAACAAAUCCAGCAGCAACGUAUCCGGCACCAAUCACCACCAAGUCUACUGUAACCCCCAUCACCAACAAAAUCAGCAGCAACACUGCCAGCACCACCCCUACAGGCAACAAUACCACAGACACCCUCAAACCCGACAACCUAACCAUCCACACUACCCCCAAAUGCAACUGCACCACCAACAUUACCAACAACAAUACCACCAACAAAACCAUCAGCAACCACACAACAUCGAAACCAGAAGAAUCCGGCAUUACGAAUCCGACGAAUCGCAGCAAUAUUGCGAGAACAGCAGAGCCGAUCACUGAGCAACCACCACCUUCUGCAAUACGACCAUCAAUACCUCCAACUACAAGACCACCACCCCAAAUAUCAUCAACAGUACGACCAGAAACCACACAAACAAAUCCAGCAGCAACGUCUCCACCACCAACUACCAUAACCCCCAUCACCAACAAUAGCAGCAACAACACUACCAGAAACACCCCAACAACCAACAAUUCCACCAACACCUUCAAUGCCAACACCAACCAAACCAUCCACACCACCAACAACAAUACCAACACCGCCCCUACAGGCAACAACACCACCGACACUCUCAAACCCGACAACCUAACCAUCCACACUACCCCCAAAUGCAACUGCACCACCAACAGUAUCAACAACAAUACCACCAACAAAACCAUCCAACCAGAAACACCUCCAACUACAAGACCACCACCCCAAAUAUCAUCAACAGUACGACCAGAAACAACACAAACAAAUCCACAACUCCAGCAGCAACGUACCUCCAUCACCAACAAUACCAAUCACCUACCAAAGUCUACUCAACCACCUGCCCCUACAUCUAACAAUACCACAAACACCCUCAAGCCCGACAACCUAACCAUCCACACUACUCCCAAAUGCAACUGCACCACCAACAAUAUCACCAACAAUACCACCAACGAAACCGUCACCAACCACACAACAUCGAAACCACAAGAAUCCGGCAUUACGAAUCCAACGAAUAGCAGCAGAAUUGCGGGAACAGCGGAGCCGAUCACUGAGCAACCACCACCUUCUGCAUUGCAUCAAAAGGCAAACAUCGAGUGUCGUGACUAUAAGGUACCCGUAACUUCUCAAAGAAUCACGAGAAUCGACGAGAUGCUAGAGGACUUUCAAGUAAUAUUUACGGCCACCAAUGCGAGCUCCCGCUUCGGAGACAUAGCCAUCGACGACGUGAAGCUGGUGACGAGUGAGGAAUGUAAAGAAACUAGGCAGACCACAACCUUGACUGAACCAUCGGAAACACCAGUGAUACCGAUGUCUAAUGAAGAAGAAAUGAUGAACUGCAAGGAUCAUUGUGGCCAAACGUCCAUAUCCGGGAGCUAUCUUAACAAAGGUUGUGGUUGA